UGGAAAAUGCGGUAACAUACGUUGUGGUAUUUGUCGAAUUCUGCUUUUCUGGGAACAAUGGUUUGUGUGCCGUUUUGUUCACGUGUUGUUUUGCAUAUCUUUGGUGUCGAGCUUUCGCCUGGUUUGCACGUGCUUGAUUUGCAUUUGUUUGCUUUUAGUUGACUGGGUAUUUUGUCGAUAAGCACACAGGGAGGCAGCAUAGACUCCAGUUUGACGGAGGAAGACAAUUUCUGAGGUUCAGCUGUGCAGCAAGUAACGGCGGGGCGAUGGAACCAGAAGCUCCGGCAGACCUUGGGCAGACCAUCUCCACGUAGCGAAAGGACGGACGAGUCCCACAUAGUGGGGGGAAAACUUCAGGAUGGCUGAGAUAUGGCAGCAGCUCAGCCCGGAUUCCAGCUCUCCCAGGCCGAGGAAGGCGACUACCACAGCGCGACUGAGAUGCAGCAAGCUCUGACAGACUUUUGGCGGCCUCUUCACAUAUUGAAAGGGCGGAAGAGUCCUACCUGGCGGGUCGAAACGUCGGAUGUUAAAGAUACGGCAGGUUUGGGGCGAAAAUGCGAUCAGCCCGGUUUCCAGCUCUCCUGUGCCGAGGAAGGUGACUACCACAUCGCGACCGAGGUGCAGCAAGCUGCGACAGAGCGUUGGAGCCAGCAAGCCGAGCAUUCCCAACACAUACGGCAGUUCUUCGCGGCAUCGACACUAGACGACAGCCGUCACGGAGCGCACGGCUUUGGUUUUUUCAGGGAGGCGUGCACGUUUUUGGUGACAUCGAUUUGAGGCGGGAUUCCCCUCAGAUAUUUUGUCUUUAUGUCUGUUGUUGCUGUUUUGAAGUGUUUGGUUUCCCUCUAAUUAGGGAUAUUUUGUUUUACCGUUGUUGUUUGUAAAGUUUUGCUUGUGUUGACACAGUGACGGCGACACAGACCUGGACUAUUAAGGAAUGCAGUCGUCUAAGGAACCACAGCCUGGCAGCAGCGUUGGCAGUUUCUAUCGCUGAGGGGAGUCUCCUUAAAUCACGAGGAAAGAAGGUGCGUUUUGGUCCGUUUUGUACUAUAUUUUGGAGAAAACAGCGCAUGUACGGAUCGUUCUCGGUCGCUCCUGCUUGGUGUUUGAUGGUUCUUUUAUACCGUGAGAACACCGAGUAGCGAGGUCCGGAGAGGUUUCGUGUUGGCGUGUUUUCUUUUCAGCUGGUGAAACGGCGCGCAUGUGCGGGCCUCUGAUCGUUUGUGCUUGGUGUUUGGUGCACUGUUAGUGUGCGAUCACUGAGUAACGUUGAUCA